AUGUUUGUGGAAGGCAGAAUCAACCUAUUAAGACAUCGUUAUGACAACCUCUCGCUUUUUGCAGAUGCUAGCUACGAAGCAUUUGAGCUAGUUUAUCGGUGGAUGUAUACGGAUGUGCUUCCUCGGUCGAACGUAUCCCAAGAACUGUUGAGAGAGGUGUGCCACAUUGCGUUUCGGUACCACUUCAAAGGCUUGCAGUCCAGGUGCGUACAACAUCUGAAAGCACGCGUAGAUGUUAGCAGCUGCAUCUCACUUUAUGAAUUUGCUGACACCGAGGAUAUUGGCGAUUUACGCGAUUAUUGUGGAGCAAUCAUUGCUGCUCAUUGGAACGAGUUUGUUCCUCAGCAAUUUGCUCAUCUCUCCGCACCUUCCCUCUACCAACUUCUCAAAAGGCGUCGUACAAGUGGAAGCAAUUUUGAUGCUUCAACACCAAAAUGUCGUAGGAACUCACACCAUAUUCUUCACUCGAUCGUCCACCUCAAUCGCGAGGAUGUCCUUCUUUUAUACUUCAUCGAGAACGACUCUAAGGUACCCAUCUUGGUCAAUGCUCUUGACCAAAGCGGCCUUUCACCUUUGGAACUUGCGCUCUCCUCUGGUCACAUAAAUAUGGCAAACCAGCUGUUGUCGAAAAACGCUAGCUGCAACGUCAUAGACGGGUCAGGCAAAUCUAUUCUUGUGCGAAUGAUUGAAAAAGGGGAUGCGCUGGCAUGCGAAUUUCUAGCAUCUGCGGGAGCGGAUCUCGCGUUUGUUCACGAAAAAACUCGGUCGAAUCUGCUUCAUUUUAUUGCCGUGUCUCCUCUUAAUCAAGCUGCUAUGGCCGAGUGGGCUGAAUCGCGUCUCAGAGAGAUGAGCAUGGAUGCGCCGGAUUACAAAAACAGAACAGCCGUGCUUCUCAGUAUCGCUAGCGGGAACUUCUCUUUGGCAAAUACUCUCAUUGUCAAUGGAGCCGAUUUGGUCAAGUCUGAUGUCGAUGGGAGGUCCCCUCUUUCUGUCGCUCUUUUUGAACGAAACGAUCUUGCUCUUGCGGCAACUAUCGUUGAUCGUGGUGCUACGGGUGUCGUCAAUCAUCGCAUAGAUAAAGGUCUGCCUUUUGAUGCCGCCUUAACAAUUUUUUUGAAACUUGCAAAAGCGAAAAUUAAGGAAUAUCGCAUUUUGUUUUAG